CUCUCUCUCGCUCUCCCUCUGGUCGUGAAGGUCUAGUUUGGACUAUACGCUAUGUUUGCAGUGGAGGCACAGUAUUACAGGGAUCCGCCGCAGCUCCUCCCUGCAAAUCACCUCAAGUUCCAUCAUCCAUACUUCACUCCCAGUGAGGUCGAGAAACUGUCGGACAAGCAACGUGGGAAGCUCUCCAUAACGCAGGAAGAGAAGGCGAGGCAGCAGGCAUGUGGCUUCAUCGAAGCUGUCGGGUUAGGCAUCGGCUUCCCGAGGAAGACCAUUGCGACCGCACAAAAUCUUUAUCACCGCUUCUAUCUCUUCUUUCCCCGCAAAGACUUCGGGUACCAUGACGUGUCCCUCGGUGCUAUGUUCGUGUCUUCCAAGAUGCACGACACGCUGAAGAAACCUAGGGAUAUCCUCAUGGUGGCGUAUGCCGUCCGUUUCCCCGAACUCGCAGCGAAAGCCAGGUCUAUGGGAGGGGAAAUUGAGAUGGACCCUGCGACGGUGGAGAACGAUCGACAGAGGCUACUCGCAGUGGAGAGGCUCAUGCUCGAGAGUAUAUGCUUCAACUUCACCUCCCGAUUACCCUUCCCCUACAUCAUCAAGAUUAGCCGGGCAUUUGGAGCGUCCAAGAAGCUUUCAAAGUUGGCAUAUCGUCUGACAAUAGACAGUUUCCGCACCCUCGUGAACCUAUCCUACCCCCCACACGUGGUCGCGGUCGGCUGCCUCUACCUUGCCGCGCUCCUCCAGUCGUUCGAGCAGGGCACGUCCCCCGAGCGCCCAAACCAGCACACCAGCCACGAGAUCGCCGCGACGCUCAGUAAAUCCGGCGAAUGGGAGAAGCAGUUCCAGGUGCAAAUUGCGGACAUUGAAGAGAUCGCGCACGCGGUCGUCGACCUCCUCAUCACUUUCUCCCAAAACCCCGCUGCGAACACAUCCCCCGCCACGCCGUCGUCUCCGCACCCCCACCACUCCCAUUCUCGAGGCGGCCAUGGACACGGACACGCGCCGCCCGCGCCUGUAUAUGCGCCGUAUAAGGCAGACCAGCUCAUACGGCUGAAGAUUGUUAUGCGCGAGACGGAGCACGCAGCUAGGGUGCGCGGGAGCGUGGAGGAGCCGAACUAUGAGGCGUCCGAUUCGCCGUUUUACAGAAACGACAGGACCGUGCGGUACAUGUUCGCGCCUGCGGAUUUGGUGGACGACCCGUCAUAA